AAUGACGUGAUGACGUCACUUCGGUUUGACCAAAAUGCCGGUACAAACAAAAAGGCCUCUCCAGGUGCAACAAGUACUUCAAGUCCUGGUACAAAAUGACAGAAAACAGAAAAAACAAACAGCCCUCACAAUGAACUUUUGCUGGGACACUUCGCAGACCGUCCACAGAGACAGUUGUUCAAAGACGCUUCAACAUGAUUUUCUCCAUUGGCCUUAUUAUUGGCAUCAUCUCCAUCACCGCCUUAGUGCUCUUCGUCUUUGCCAAAUUGGUUUCCCGCCACUGUGGCAGAAAUGUGCAGGACGGAUCCGGCUAUGCCGUGCUGAUAACGGGCUGCGACAGUGGCUUCGGACACCAGCUGGCUCAAUGUUUGGACCAGAAAGGGUUUGUGGUCUUUGCCGGGUGUUUGUGUCCACAAGGAGCCGGUGCCCAGAGCCUGGCCAGGCUGAGCUCCAGUAAUCUGAAAAUCCUCAAGCUGGACGUCACCAGUGAUGAAGACGUGCAGCAGGCGAAGAUGAUGGUUGAGGAGAACCUGCCAGAGAAAGGCCUGUGGGCGGUCGUGAACAACGCUGGAAUUUCAGACUGGGCCGAGAUCGAAUGGAGCACGAUUGAAGAUUUCCGUAACAUGGUCGACAUCAACCUGUUUGGCUCCAUCAGGACCUCUAUCAAGUUUCUACCUUUGGUUCGUGCCGUGAAAGGUCGGAUGGUUUACACAUCAAGCAUCUUUGCCUUCUUCAACUGCCUGAACAUGGGAGCGUACAGCGUGUCGAAGAGAGGACUGGAGGCGUUUGCCGACUGCCUGAGGGUUGAAAUGGCCAGUUUUGGUGUGAAGGUCAGCAUCAUCCAGCCGGGUAACUUUGGCCGAGCCACCAACAUCGUGAAGAUGAAAACUAGUUCCGAUAUUUGGGAGAAGUUGGACGAAGAUCGAAAGCAUACGUUCAACCGACAGUACAUCGACCUGGCCAACGAAUACUUCAUGUCGACGUGCAAUUCGGGAUUCAAGAACAGCAACAUGGUCAUCGACGCGAUGCUGCAUGCCGUCACAUCCGCUCAGCCCAAACGCAGAUAUCUUCUGGUCUCUGUGAUGGAUCGUUUUUUCUUCCAGCUCUUCCCUUUUCUCCCCACCGUCCUCACGGACGCUGUGUUUUCUCUCAGCCCAAUGUACGCAAAAAGAAAAGAAAUGCUUUAUGCUACAGUAUAA